AUGAUGGAAGAAGAAGAUUACUACGGAAUAUCCAAAGAUUAUUCCACUCUGUCGACCAGAGAGCUGUUGGCAGAACUCGACAAGAGAAACAUUCGAUACGCUCCCACUACCAGUCGCGAAGAUUUGGAGUUUCUUUUGUUGGAGGGAAUGCAAGACGAGCAUGAAGAUCAAUUAUUGGUAGAUGAAGAGUCAGAAAUGGCUUUUCUGAUGCGAGAGUUGGCGUCAAUGGGCAUUCGGUUACCACGAUACGCAUCGCGAGAUGAACUGGAGGUUCUACUUCGUCGAGCCAAGCAGAAUCCUGAACGAUUCAUGGCGACCACAGCAAAGAGACCGAAAAGACCAAGGCCAUCAAUGUCGCCCACACAACGCCGCCGUCGGAGACAACACGUGGCAAUUUCCAGACUUCGAAGAGAACUGAAUGAAUUGGGUAUUCCCUGUCCACCCGGGGCGUCUCCAAAGAUGAUGGAGCGACUACUCCGUGAAAGUGAGGGACAAUUCACGCCUGAUCGUGGGCCCCCGAGAAGAAAACGGGACGUGUAUCCUCCGAGGAGAGACGGACCAGAGCAGCCAGAUGUUGAUACAAGGAAACUACUUUGGGAUGAGCUUAAUCGACGUGGAAUUCGAUUCUCACCGACAUCCACACGGAAAGAGCUGGAAAGUCUCUUGCACAAUUCACAGCAGAACCAUAAUGCGUCUGCGAGACCACCACCAUCAAAACGAAAUCGUGAGAAUUUCAGAGUAAAUACAGAUUCCGUUCCCGAAGCAAGAGCUCCAAAAGAGCAAUCAGCCAACGAUGCUGACAACGUUUUCGAAAAGAAUGCAGACAAGGAAAGAAACGUUGGUGUUGAUGUCGGUUCAUCCAAAGAAGGGUCAAGAGCGCACACAGAGAGACUGACGACGAGACAAAGAAGAGCUUUGAUAAAUUUUCCACUACCACUGAUGUCCCGAACCGAAGCCGUGAAACAACAACUUCGUCGGAAAGACGUACUAGGACGCGACAAUCAGUUGCCAACUCGCAACGGCCGUCAGGUCCUAGCCGCAAGAGGAACAGUGCUGCCAGAUCAGGCAACCCAAGGAACCGUGUGCAACGAUCUCUUUGGUCCAAGGUGUAUGACAGGAGCAAACAAACAGUAG